AUGCCAAAGGCAGUCGCCAAGUCCAAGCUUGCGGCCAAAGCAUCACAGAGACAUGGAAGUCGAGGUCCGAGCCGUGGAGCACCACCUCGCGGCUCAGUGCUAAGGCCGCCAAAGCCCACCUCGCCCUCGGAUCUGCGCAGUGCUGCGGCCACCAAGAUCCAAGCGCGCUUUCGCGGACUUCUUGGACGGAUGCUGGUUGCUCAACGGCGAUUGCGGCUGGAGCAGGAACGCGCGGAAGAGGAGCACCGACGCCGCGUCGAAGAGAAGCGCAAGGCAGCAGAAGAGGCGCGACGGCAGGCUGCACAAGAGGCUCAAGCACGUGCCGUGCAAGAGCGAGAUGACAAACUGCGAGCCCUGCGUGAUCGUCGCUGUGCUCUCGAGCAGAUGUGCCAAGGUUUGCCGUCGCAUCACAUGGAUUGGGAGGAAGCUCCAGCCAAGCUUCUUGACUUGUUGGAGCGGAAGACAGCUGGAAUUGGCAAGCUGGCUGUGUGUGAGGCAUGGCUGGGGUGCCAUACAGAGCGACGGUCGGCCAGGAAAAAGUAUCUGCUGCUCACGAGGAAGUGGCACCCGGACAAGUGGGCUGUGCAGGGGGAGCUGUGUGUUUCCAUUGCGACAGAGGUAGCCAAACAGCUGGUCAUGGCUUAUGAACAGGCGUGCAAGGAGCUGCCAAACUCUGCACCUGCAUCCACCACCUUUGCUGCGCAGGAAGACAACGACGAGGAUCGUGAGUGCCAUGAGUUUGCAAGCUGGGUGGGCGUUUCUUUCAAAGGCAUGGAGGAGGUAUGGAAGGAGAGACGUGGGGUAAAACGGUAA